GAGAUCGAUGAGCUCCAAGACAUCCGCUUGACUCUUCUACACAAACAGCAGAGUGAGAAGAGACAGAAACAGAUAUCCAGAACCGGGAAGAAGCUGGCGAAGCUCUGGGCCUGCAAGAAGGCGGACAUGGAGAGGAAGAUCGACACUAUUCGACGGACUCGGGAUAGAGAAAUGCGCAAACUAAAAGCCCUGCACAACAUGGGAGGUCGCGUUGGUCUGGUGGAGGCCCAACGCGCUGCCCGGGGGGCCGGAGCCCCGACUGCUGCAGCUACGGACCCCACGUCUGACCUCCACGCCCCAAGGGCUAGACACGGGUACCAGGCGAGAAGAAAGCACGCGGAGAUCGUUUACGAUCCAUCAUUGUUAUUGCUGGAAGACCACAUGGUGGUAGCGCAGCCGCCCACCUGGCUGGAUCAGUGUGGGCAGAACCUCAACAGGUCGUGUUCCGGCCACCACCUGCCAAGGGACACGACGCAGCUCUGCGAACGGGAGACGAAGUGGAGCGAACAGUUCUUGGAGAACUUGCACAAUGAUCUUAAGAAGGCUCGCCUUGGUGCGGCGGCCUUCAGUGCUGGUCCGCUUCGUGUGCUCAAGCCGCGGUGCUUGGCGGUGACUCCUCGACCUUCGACUCCAGUGGUGGAAGCUGUGCCAGAGGAGGAUGAAGCUUCUCACCAGGCCGCACUCACGCUGCAGAAGAUAAUUCGCGGACGAGCUGUACAGAACUUGAUGUACGAAGGUCGUACCAGGGCAGCAGAACUGACAGAGGAGUUGAAAACGACUCACGGUCUCCAAAAGGAAGAUCGAGCUCGUAUAGCGAGGGAGGAAGCCAAGGCGAGGGACCACAACGCGUUGAGGACAGAAGCUGAACAGAAGGAUGACGCCAUAUCAGCGCUGGUGGAAGAAUUGUGCGGCGGCGCGGUCUCUGCUGCGCUCGACUUCUUGGAGAAGGAGUUGAGAAGACUUAGAGAAGAGAGGAGACAUCACGCGUUCAUACUUAUUGCGCUACGUGAGAAAACAAUGCGCGAAGCCGCAGAAGCGGGUAGAAGGCAAAAAGAAGAACAAAGAAGAAAAGAACACGACGAAAUGUUUAAACAGGCAAGUGAAAGGAGAAAGAGAUAA